AGUGUGCAGAGGGACUUUUAUCCCGGAGUUGAACCUCAGAAUUCAUCACCUCCUUAUGUACUCAACGUGACGGAUGAAGAUGGUCAGCCUCUUCCUGAUUUAAGUUACUACGGUGGCGAUUUACGUUACAACGGUAAGAAUCCCUCAUUUAAGGUAAUCUAAAGCUAUGUUCAAACUAUAUAUACCGUAUAGCUUUUGCGCUUGCACGAAAAUUAUAGCGACAGUCUCAUAUACUGGAUUCGGCAUUCCAAUCGUUAAGGGGAUUCCGGAUACCAGAAGCAAAAAUAUACCCGGAUCCGGAAUCCCGGAGAAUUGAGACUUGGUUAUCACCUCUUUAUAGACAAAAUGAUCAGGCUACACAAGUAAGUACCAAACACAGAUCUACAGGUCCUCGGAUGUCCAAGGUUGUAUAGCGCUAACAACUGUAUAAAGCGCGAUUCAGAAGUUAAGUAUUAUAUUACUAGGGUAUCUAAAAGAUAGUAAUGCUGCGGCACAUUCUGUUGAUACUGGCAUUAGUUAGGCAGAAUUGAAAAUGACAUUGAAUGUCCUAUUUACGUGUUGGAAAGUACUAGAAUAUUUACUAUCAGUCUAUAGAAAGAACUCGUGGGAACGUUGUUUAGAAAAUGAUCAAGUGGUUAUAACUCUGGUUUUCCCACAGUAAAUUGUAGGAAAUACAGUAAAAACCCGCAACUAAGAACCUAAAAAUUAAGAACCUGUUAGCCUAAAAUUGGUCAUUUAUACCCCCUAUAAACAAGAACCUAUUUAGCCUAAGAAAUUUAAAGCAGGUUCUUAUUUUCUAAAAUCAUACUAGUACAUUAUAACUGCAUUGCAAGAAUCAUAUUUGAAGCAAAAAAAGAAGAUUGCCAUUGUUGUAAAAAUGUUUUUUAAAGAAAAAUGUUCUGAGUAUUAUCCUGAAUAUCAUUGUUACAGUUAAAGCUUUGUACAGCUCGGCAAAGCAUAUAAAUACAUGUAAAUGUAUAAAUUGAUAUAUUCUUAAAUGUUUUUUUGGGGGGGUGGGGGGUGGGGUGGGACUGAAGAAAAUAAAAGUAUAGGCUAAUGACCAACUUGUUUACAGCUGUGUUUUAAUUGUUUUUUCUCCAGGAUUAAGAACCCAUUUUAAGAACCUAAAUAGCCUAAAAUUCUGUUAACUACCAUUUAUAUAAGAACCUGUUUAGGCUAACUCCUAAAAAUGUAGGUUCUUAGUUGCGGGUUUUUACUGUAAUAGAAAUUCAGAUUGUUUAUCCAUAUAUUUAAUAUACGGUGCACGAUAUUUUCUCCGGAAACACAAUACUUUUCUUGCUGUUUGUUGCACUUUAUUAAGUAACAGUUAUUUAGCUAUAUAUUUGUAGAAAACAACAACACAAAAAACGGAAAAACAAAAGAAAGAAGGAAUAAAGAAUUCGGUAGGACUCGAACCCGGCACCUUCGGCUCGACGCGACUACGCCUAACCACUACAGCACAGAGGCUGAAUACGUAAUUCUUGAGAAAAGUCUUGAUUUUAUUCCUUUUCCAUUAAAAUAUCCGCCGGCAAGAUGAUCGCCAGCCGCAUUAACCGAGCUACUAACAGUGAAAAAACAAUGUAAACGCAUAUUCCAUGGCAAUGAAUGAAUGAAAGAACACAAUUAUGCUUUUCAAAACGCCGAUACACGUCCUCGUCUGCAAAGUAGGACACAAAACAUAUGUUUUGUUAUCUCGAUUUCCGCUGUUAUUUUGAAGCGAAUGGUCAAAAUCACAUCCAUUUUCGGCUCAUACAGUUUCUUAAGAAUAGCACUGCAUGACAUUUUCUCACUUUCACAUCACCUUCUAGCAAGUUGGAAUUUGUAUAUCCCCCGUGUUGCGGAGUCGAAGAGCAAAUGCUCAUCUUCUCGUCAGGUUUAACACCUGGACGAGUCAAAGGCUCUUGAAUUGAAAUCCAAUCCCCAAGUUAACCAUCGUACUCAUCUGAAAGACUCCUGCGUGCCUCUAAGUCUGAGCAGCGAACGAUGCACUCUCUCACCCACCGAACUUCCCCGUGUUUUUCUUUGAGUUGUACGUGGCGCAAUGCACUCUGGUGAAAUGCAAUGCAUUGUUGUAAAAAGUGUGGUUAAAUGCAAUGCAUUGUGGUAAAAAGUGAUGAAUUCGAGAAUUCGUCGCCCCUUAUAUAUUUCCUUUAAAUCCUGAUUAUGUUGCUGCUCGCUCCCUUCGGUCGCUCCGCAGCAAUUACACUAGCUUGAUAUUCGGCAUUCAGUGGACAACACGGUAUUACCCUAAAAAAGGUACGUUAACUUCACAGUCCUUUGUUGAUUCUUCUCAUUUAGUCUCGCUGAGUGGCAUACGAACAGGAAAUAAAACAGAAAAGUUUGUGGGAUUCAUCAUAUACAUAUAUAACGAGUCUGCAGAUAAACCAAGUGGGCACUUUGUGACACCCUUGCCUCAGGGAGUACAGAAAGAAGAAUGCCACUUCAUCCCGCGGGAUAAAACAGUACGUAAAAUAUACAGUAGAACUUCGGUCACUCGAAUUCUGAAGGGAAGAAUUAGCGGGGAUUCGAGUAAUCGGGGUCGUCUGGUUAUUCAAUUUGUUGUGUUUUAAAAUAACUGAUAGUUUACUGGCCUUUUAGUAUGCAGUACAGUGCAAAUCAAACUUAUCAGAAGCUUUAACGCGAUGAUGCUUUCUCAUGAUAAUAUGGGGAAAUGACUGUCAAAUUAUUUGUUCGCGCAUAGUUGAAAACAAAUUUUCUGUUCGUCACGCAACGCGUCACUAGCUUUAGUAUUUUCAGUUCGAUGGAUUGCAAACAAAUUGAGUUGUAAGAACCAGAAUUUAGUAUUUUCCGAUUGGAAAAUAUUCUAAUGGGAUGGCAAAGGAAAAACCAGAAUUCGAGUUAUCGGGAAAAUAUUCUUGAUAAAGGAAAACUAAAUUUAGUUCCAGUUGUUGGGGAAUUCGAGUUAACCGAGUAGCCGAGUACAAAUGGCUGAAAUGGGGUCCAUUCCAAGGGAAAUGGGACUUAAUUCGAGUUAGAGAGGGAGUUCGAGUCACCAGGGUUGUACUGUAUACGCAUACAUGUAAGCUCAUGCUUUUCAUUCGUUUACGCUAGCCACUGAAACAAAAGAUGAUUUCCCAAAAGGGGCGUAAUUACAUGCAUGACAUUAAAUUGUGCUAUCCCUGCGCCUCAAAUGUCUUUAACAGGGGCGUAGCUAGGGGGGGGGGUGUCCUGGGGUGCCCGUGACCCCCCCUUGGUAGGCCUUCUUUUGCGCAAACAACCUACAAUAUUCAGGUGGCGAAAACGCCAUGACAAUAUCUUGGCCGUAAAAGGCAUUGUUGAAAAGCCCACUUUUUUAAAAUUUGUUUUUUUGUAAAGUAUUUUCGUCAACGGCUCUCGUCUUUAGUUGAUAUGGACCUUCAUGCCGCGAUGACUGAGCCCGCUGAUACACGAGGGAGAGCAGCGGUAUAAACCAUAUAUAGUCGGCAAUCCCCGGAUGGUGUCCCUGUCUGUGACCUCCCCUUUGAAAAAUCCUGGCUACGCCCCUGUUUAAUGUUGACAUAACCAGCAGCAUGAUCAUGCGCAUUACGUCAAAAACCAUAUAUUAACGGUUUUGAAAAGAAACAAAAACAUGGCGGCCCAAGGCGGGACUGUUUCUCACGAUUGCAUUUUGGUAAUUCGCAAUUUGGGGUUUUAUGUCGCUUUUCAGACAUAGUGUGUGGUUUUCUUUUCCUGUUAAACAAUUUCCCUCUGCAGAGUUUGGAAUAUGCAACAUACAGCUGCGUAUAGCUGAUAAGAACCGCCGAAGAGUUGAGCUAUCGAACAGUGUUUUGCUCCUCCCGGCUCAAAAAUAACAACCUAGUUUUUAUCUAUUUUUAGAACGAAGUGGCACUCAACUCUACGUCCAAAGAGAGGACCGACCUCCAACUCGAAUGGAUAUCUCCACAGGAACACCCACCGGGAAUAAUCCACAUCAGGUGGGGCCGGGGAAGUUUGCCGGGUAGUUGGGAACUAAUUAGGCAUGGAUGGAAAUAUGUUAGAGAAGGAAAAUAAUGAACAUUGCCUGUCAUAAAGCGAUUGUUCACCAUCAUUUGGCGUGAAAGAAAAUUAAUCAUUCCAUAAAUGUGGCCCGAUAAAUAUCACAAAAAAGUCGCGAGGUGCGUUGGUUAAUGACAAUGCCCUAUUCUCGGGCCAGACACGAUAUGACAACUCCUGGAUAUGAUUAAUAGAUCCACACUUUCCUUUCGUUUCAGGGCCAGUGUGAUUAAGGAGUACGGUGUUUACUGGGAUGGAAUCGAACUAACUUUGAUAAGUAAGUUUUGUGUUCUAAAUUGCAGCGGUGAGCUCGAGACAUAA